CAUUUAUACACAUUUCCAUUUUAAAUUCAAGACAAUGAAGCUUAGUACUAUCUUAGUCUCAAUUACUGCUGCCGCUUUUUGUUUGUUGGAUAUUUCAUCUGCUAAACCUGUCGGUCUUGCUGCUCGGGCUGCUCCUUCUAACAAGGUUUUAGUAGGUUACUUUCCGAAUUGGCUUUAUGGACGAUAUACUCCAUCUAAGAUUGAUUUCUCCAAGUAUACUCAUGUUUAUUAUGCUUUUGCUGUUCAAAACACAGAUACUACUCCAACCUGGCAAGACAGUGGUGUUUUUGAUGAUUACGUUCAAUAUGGAUUUCCUAAACUCAUUUCAUUGGCACAUGCUGCAGGUACUAAAGUGAUGGCUAGUGUUGGUGGUUGGUCUGGUUCGACUCAAUUUUCUCCUAUGGCAGCAUCUGAAUCAAAACGUGCAGCUUGGAUUAAAUGGAACAUUGAUUUUAUCACAAAAUACAAUACAGAUGGUGUUGAUAUUGAUUGGGAAUACCCAAAUGGGGUGGGUCCUGGUUGUAAUGCUGUCAGUAAUGACGAUGUUGCUAAUCUUCAAACGCUUAUCAAGGAACUUCGUACGGCUUUGAAUUCUAAUUUCCCUAAUGACUACAAGGAGAUAACAAUGGCUGUUCAUAAUACCCCCUUUGGUGGCGCUACACCAGUUACGGAUGUCUCGGGUUUUGUCCCUUAUGUUGAUCGUUUUCAUGUCAUGACAUUUGAUGUCAAUGGUGCCUGGAACUCGACAAGUGGUCCAAAUGCUCCAUUACAUAAUACCCCAGGUUGGGGUUACCCCGCUGGUCUCGUAGAAGGUAUUGAAAGUUGGAAAGCCGCUGGUGUCCCUUAUAACAAGAUGGCUGCAGGUAUACCCUUUUAUGGUCGUUCUCAAACUUUGCUUGUCUCUGAUAUACCCACAACUCAAUACAAUCCUGCAGUCGCUUCUAAUCCUCCAAAGGGUGAUUCUCUGGAUGGCCCUUGGACAAAUCCUUACUGUUCAAAGGAAUCAUCCUCAUUUUCUGGUGUCUGGAGAUGGACUAACAUGCGUUCUGAGGGUAUUCUCUCCUCUCCUACUACUGCCGCUUCCCCUUGGAUCCGUAAUUUUGAUAAACAUACUCAAACACCUUGGUUAUAUAACCCUAGUACAAAGGUCUUUAUCUCCUAUGAUGAUCCUAGCUCUCUUCAAAUCAAGACUCAAUAUGCACUUAAUACAGGUCUAGCUGGUUUUUUCGUUUGGUCUAUUGAACAAGAUAAUGGUGAACUUCUUGCUGCCAUUGCUCCUAUACUCUCUAAUAAUCCUAGUCCUACUCCCAUCACAUCUACCCUUUCUUCUUCUCCCUCUUCCUCCUCCUCUUCUUCUGUUACUACAAUAAUAUCAAGGACUACAUCUUCUAAUGCUCCUACUUCUACCUCUUCUACCAAUUGUAGUUCUAAUCCUCCAUGGUCUCCUAGUCUUGUCUAUACCGGAGGCACUACUGUCUCUUAUAAUGGUAAGAUCUAUAAGGCUCAAUGGUGGACUCAAAAUGAACGUCCUACUGAUAAUCCAUGGGGUGUUUGGAAACUAAUUGGUUCCUGCACAUAAACAUACUCUAAUUUUUACUUGUAUUUUUUAUUUUUUCGAUUCACUUUUUUUCUCUUUCUCUUUUUUAUUAUUAUACACAUAUUUAUUUAUAAAUAAAAUCUUAUCUAUUAUCGUCCUUUUU